AGAGCUUAAUUAAUAAUAUUCCAAAAAUGGCUCUCAUGUUAUCUUCAUCAGCUGGUAUUAUAUCCUUAUUGGAUGAGAAAGAUACCCAACUCAAGCUCUUUGCCUUAUCAAAAUUAAAUGUUAUAGUUGAUGAAUUUUGGGCGGAAAUAUCUGAAUAUAUAUCUAAAAUCGAAAUUUUACAGGAAGAUGUUAAUUUUAAACAUAGAGACUUAGCAGCAUUAGUAGUGUCAAAAGUAUAUUAUAAUCUAGGAGAGUACAGUGAAGCCUUAAAUUAUGCAUUAGAAGCAGGAAAAUUGUUUAAUGUUAAUGAUACAUCUGAAUAUGUUACAACAAUGAUAUCUGAAUGUUUAGAUUUCUAUAUUAAGCACAGGCUUAAUAACUUUGACAAUAUUGCCACAUUAGAGACUAUAGAUAUACGUAUUGUUAAAUUGGUUGAUGAUAUGUUUCAGAGAUGUUUAGAUAGUGGGAAAUUUAAACAAGCGAUUGGUAUAGCUCUAGAAGCAAGAAGACUUGAUAUUAUACAAAAAGCAUUAAUUGAAUCAGAUAAUGUUGAAGAAUUAUUGAAUCACACAUUUUUGAUGGCCCUAUCUUACAUUCAAAAUCUAACAUUUCUUAAAAUGGUUUUAAGAGAGUUAGUAAAUAUUUACAUGAGUCAAAAUGUACCACACUAUAUAAAUAUAUGCCAGUGUCUUAUCUAUUUAAAUGAUACUCAAUCAUUAUCAAAUAUCCUCAUUAAACUACUGAAAUCUAAAAAUAAAAAAGAUAUUUUGAUAGCAUAUCAAAUGGCAUUUGAUGCUUACCAAUGCGGGACUCAAGACUUUUUACGAAAAGUUAGAAAAGCAUUAGGAUUAAUUUCUGAAAAUGAUAAAGAUAUAAAAACAAUUAAAGAAAAAGAUGAAGAUUCACAUGAAAAUUUAGAAUCAAUUAUAACUGAAGAUGAAAAUGCUCAUAAUAUCUUGCAUAAUCAUGACCCUACAUUAGAGAUAGCUCACAAAGAAAAUAUAAGAAAAGAUGAAAACUACCAAAAUUCUGACGAGACAAUGGCAAUCGAUGUAAAAGUCGAAGAAGAAAAAAAUUAUUUAACUACCAAGGAACCUAACUCAUUGGUCAACAAAAUAAGUCAAGAACAUUUUUCGAAAUUGGAUUGUAUAUUAAAUGGUGAUCUACCUAUACAAUUGGAACUACAGUUUCUGAUUCAAAACAAUAAAACAGACAUUCAAAUAUUAAAAAAUAGUAAGGAUUGCGUCAGGAACAGUAUAUGUCACAAUGCCGUGAUUAUAGCUCAUGCUUUUACCAACUGUGGCACCACUAAUGACAAAUUUUUAAGGAAUAAUCUUGAAUGGUUGGCAAAGGCUACAAAUUGGGCUAAAUUCACAGCUACAGCUAGUUUAGGAGUUAUUCAUAAGGGUCACAUAAAUGAAGCAAUGAAUUUGAUGUCUACAUAUCUGCCUAAAGAAAACAAUUCAGGGAGUCCAUAUUCUGAAGGAGGGAGUUUAUAUGCCUUGGGUUUGAUCAAUGUAAAUCACGGAGCAGGAAUAAUAGAUUACCUUAUUCAACAAUUAACAAAUUCGAAUUCGGAAAUAAUUAAACACGGAGCUUGUCUGGGUCUUGGUUUGGCAGCUAUAUCUUCAAAUAGACUAAAUGUUUAUGAAACGUUAAAAUCAAACCUAUAUCAAGAUGAUGCUAUAAUUGGUGAAGCCGCCGGUUUAGCUAUGGGUUUAGUUAUGUUGGGAUCAAAUUCCUCCAGCGUUAUUGAUGACAUGAUAUCGUAUGCAAAAGAAACACGUCACGAGAAAAUUACUCGUGGGCUAAUAUUAGGGAUCGGUUUGGUGAUGUUUGGUACUAUGGAGCAAAGCGAGUCUCUCAUAAAAUCACUAACUCAUGACAAGGAUGCUAUACUAAGACGUAGCGCUGUUUAUAUCAUUGCAAUGGCCUAUUGUGGAACCGGAAACAACGCUGCUAUACAAAAAUUGUUACAUAUAGCAGUCUCUGAUGUAAAUGAUGAUGUUAGACGAUCUGCUGUAACGUGUAUAGGAUUCUUACUAUUUCAAACUCCUGAACAAUGUCCGAACAUAGUAUCUUUAUUAUCUGAGAGUUACAAUCCACAUGUGCGAUACGGAGCUGCUUUGGCUUUGGGAAUCGCUUGUGCAGGGACUGGUUCAAAAGAAGCUUUAAAUAUGAUUGAACCUUUGAUAGAUGACAAUACUAACUAUGUUAGACAAGGGGCGUUGAUUGCCUCUGCUAUGAUUUUAAUUCAACAAAAUGAAAUUACUCAACCUAAGUCUACCAUAUUCAGAGAAAAAUACUCUAAAAUCAUUGGAGAUAAACAUGAGGAAAUUAUGGCUAAAUUUGGAGCUAUUUUGGCACAGGGAAUUAUUGAUGCAGGUGGCCGAAAUACAACGAUUACUUUUAAGAGUGGAAGGAAUAAUCAUGUUGAUGUGCUAUCCAUUGUUGGAACUCUAUUAUUUACCCAAUUUUGGUUCUGGUAUCCUUUUGCUCAUUUUCUAAGCUUGUCAUUUAGAUCCACCAGUUUGAUAGGGCUAAAUUAUAAUCUAAAGAUGCCCAAGAUUGAAUUUAUCUCUCACGCUAAACCUUAUACUUAUUCCUAUCCACCACCGUUGGAAACACCCAAAAAUAAAGAAAAAGCUAGGCUGGCAACAGUAGUUCUAAGUUACGCCAAGACGAAACCGCAUCAUCAUUUGCAAAAUCAUAAUUUUAACAAUAACAAUCAAAAACCUGUUAUACAAAUUUCCGGCAAUGAAAAACCUCGAAUUAAGGAUUCACUGACAAAAGUUGGAAAAUUGGAUGAUUUGUUUGUAAAAGAAGCCCAGCCUUUAAAAAAUAUCAACAAGGAAAGUGAAUCAUUGCAUUCCAGCCCUAUUAUUUCAAACGAAUGCAAGAAAAAAAAACUAUCGGACUCAUUGAUUAGUCUUAACGCUCAAAAUACAGAAGAUGACAAAAAAUUGAUGGACUAUGAUAUUAUAAAUCCAUCAUUACCUACAUUUUCAACUGAACAAGUCAAUUGUAACCUUUUAAGCAAUACUUUUUCGGUGGUUCUUAACCCAGCCCGUAUCAUGAGUGAACAGCUGAAAGUUGUCUCCCUGCCAGAGAAUUUUCGAUACGAACCUAUAAAGCCUGUUACUGAAGGAGGUGUAAUUCUUCUUUAUGAUACAAAAGAUUAUUUAUCCGAAGAUAUUGUAACCUUAACAAAUACGUCUCAAUCAAAAGCCGAAGAAGAUGAAGGGGAAGAACCGGCUCCUCCUGAACCAUUUAAAUAUUUUGAUUGAACAAUCUUGUAACUUAAUUAUAAUUAUUUUUCAAUUAAUUUUCGCUUUUUACAUCAAAUGAAUAAAAUUAUUAAACGGGCU